AUGAGAACUGGCGCUUAUCGAGACAGUGGGCAUUCCGAUGUUGAAGCGUCAUCUCCGAGGGAUCUUAAUUUAACCUAUAGAAGCAUAAAUUAUAUGGAGGGUAGUGCUUUUGGAAGAUACAAAUCACGUCCCUCGAGCGGGAUAGGCGCACGCAGCGCGAAACAGAGUAGGGGCGCGGGCGCGGGCAGUGCGAGUGAUGAGUCACCGCAAACGGCGAGCGCGCUGAGUGCUCCGAGCGCGCAGCCAAGCAGCGAGGCAGUGCCGAGCCGGGCAGCGCGGCCAGCUGCAGGGCCAGCCGGUGUGUUAUCAUUCACCGAGGUGACUAAACAGAGGAUAACUCAUGGUUUACUAGGCCAAAAUUAUAAAAUGGGUGGUUUAUUUAGUUACUUUAGAGGAUUGUUAGGGGCGCGAGAAAUGAGGAUUUUGAUCCUCGGAUUGGACGGCGCCGGUAAAACUACUAUAUUGUACAAACUGCAAGUUGGGGAGGUGGUAACUACUAUACCAACCAUCGGGUUCAAUGUCGAGCAAGUCACAUACAAAAAUUUAAAGUUCCAGGUGUGGGAUCUUGGUGGACAGACAAGUAUUAGGCCGUAUUGGCGAUGUUAUUAUGGAAACACAGAUGCAAUAAUUUAUGUGGUAGAUUCUGCAGACAGAGAUCGAAUAGGCAUAUCCAAGGAUGAAUUGGUGCAUAUGUUAAGAGAGGAGGAACUUGCAAAUGCGAUUCUAGUGGUCUUAGCAAACAAGCAAGAUAUGGCAGGCUGCCUAACAGUGGCAGAAGUACAUCAGGCAUUGGGUUUGGAUGCUCUCCGCGAUAGAACCUUCCAGAUAUUUAAGACGUCGGCUGUGAGGGGCGAAGGGCUGGACCAAGCGAUGGACUGGCUAUCUGAUGCAUUACAAGCUAGGAAAUAA